UUUGGGAGUCGGCGAGCGGACGUAGCUGUGCGUAGAAAUUGAUGUGAGAAUAACAGCCAUACCAUUGAUGAAUACGUGACGGAGAUUCCUACCAGCUAGCGAGGAUAUAAUCCCCUCUACAAGAAAUAGCACAUUGCUAGUAACGUUAAAGACACUAAGUGCGGCAAUGGAGGAUAAGAAGGAGGAGGGGGAAGCGGAGAUCCAGGAACACGGCCCCGAACAUUGGUUCUCGAAAUGGGAGCGGCAGUGUUUAGCCGAGGCCGAGCAGGAGGAACCGAGCGAAGAGGAGGCAGAUCAGAGCCAACAGAAACUGUGGCAUCUCUUCCAAAAUUCCGCCACCGCUGUCGCACAGCUCUACAAAGACCGAGUGUGCCAGCAACAGGGACUGUCGCUGUGGGUACCUUUUCAAAAUGCUGCAACAGCUGUCACCAACCUGUAUAAAGAAAGCGUGGAAGCCCAUCAGAGGAGUUACGAUCUAGGAAUUCAGAUCGGCUAUCAGCGGCGCAAUAAGGACGUAUUGGCAUGGGUUAAAAAGAGGCGGAGAACGAUCCGCAGAGAGGACUUGAUCAGCUUCCUGUGCGGGAAAGCUCCCCCGCCACGGACUUCUAGAGCUCCGCCCAAACUGACUGUCGUGUCACCGAACCGGGCAUCUCCCACAGAGACUGGCUCCUCCGUAGAGACGGACUUGCAGCCCUUCCGAGAAGCCAUAGCAUUGCAUGGUCUGAGCGGAGCAAUGGCGAGCAUCAGCGUCCGCUCGGGCACCCCGGGGUCCCCCACCCACGUGAGCGGCAGCUCCAACCCCGGCCGCCGGAGAAACGGCCUUCACGAUGUGGACUUGAACACUUUCAUCUCGGAAGAGAUGGCCCUCCACCUGGACAACGGCGGCACGCGCAAGCGGGCGUCGGUCCAGUGCGACGUCAUCACAGAUUCUCCAACCCAUAAACGCAACCGAAUGAUCUGAAUGGAGUCCCAAACCCCUCCCCAGCCCAUCCCCCCCUCUCACCCCGCCCCGCCCCUCCGGUCAACGCACUGUGCUGCUUAAAAUAAAAACGCCACUUACUCCUCACCACAACUUAUUAUUUCCCCCCUCCCCCCAAAAAAGGAAAACGAGGGCUGUCAAAAAAACACGCCUAGAUUCCCCCCCCUCCCCCCGAUUAUUGAAUUUGAUAACAAUCGCCAUGUCUUUGACCACCAUAGUAGAUGCCUCUUGCUAAUAAUGACUUGCUGUUACCCACUCAUCUUGGAGGAUGUCUGUUAGUACUUAGCAAGAUCAUCAUAGAUGAACAUUUCCAAGUUUUAAGGCUGAAGUUACGCCCAUCCAGUGUACGAGAUGGGCACCAUAUCUGAUAUUACUCUGGUUUUUGUGUUCUUGUUCUUCUGUUUCUGCUCGGCGUAUAUGCUUCAGCAGUGCUGUUCAGUUUUAUCACGGUGUUCUCCCCAUUCGCAGCCUCACACACACGAGUGAUAUUCUUCUGCAGCACACCACUUUUAUGGGGCUAGGUCAGCCUCCUUUAAAAGUGGAAGUUUUAAAGCGAAACGUUAAAAGGUAUUGAUAUUGGAACUUUUCCAAAUUUGAUAUUUCGUCUCGUUUGAAGCGGCUGGUAAUUGUGUGACAUGGUGAACGAGGUGCUAUGAUGGUCAUGCACUUAGUACAUCCAGUACAAUCUUUAUUUUUUGGAUUCACUCAUAGAAUUCAUUUUUUUGUCAGUAGUUAAGAAUAUCUAAUGUAUAUACUUAACAUUUAGGUGCUGGUAUGAUACAUGUGGUACAUAUUGUAAAAAAAAAAAGUACAGACCAUUGAAUGGUUAUUAAUGUGUAAUAAUGAUUCUUGCAUUAAAGAAACCAAGCUUUUACCUUUGGUUGUCUUUAGGUCUCCUUUAAACUUGGUUAUCGUUGUUCAUUGAUCUUGCGGUAGUGCUUAUACAUCCUGGCUCAAAUGCAGGGAAAUUUGUUUCCCAAAUUUCACAAAUUUUAAGAUGCAUCCUUUUAAACAGCUCCUCAUUGAUGAGAUUAAUCUGACGGCCCUGUGUGAUCUCAAAGGGGGUGAUGUUUUAUAAAUGGUUUUUGAAUCCCAUUUUGAAAAGUCGGUGUGGUAUGUGUUGAGUGACACUUUGGUUACACACAGCUGUAUUUCACAUUGCUGACUGUAACUUUAUAUUAAGCAUAGCUAGCUACCUGCCAACAGGGUCCAUUGCAUCCAAUGUUGACACAUGUCCCUUGUCCACAAUUACACUUUAAUUGAUGUUGCCAGACAAUAGGUGUAUACAUACACACAUUUUAAAAUGAACUGCCAAAAAGUCAUCUGAGGUUUUGAAGUAAUUUAAUUGCAAUCAAGAAAGUCUACAUAUUCCAUAUAAAUGUCAGUACUAUUGCCAGUAUGUUUCUGCUAUAAAAGGCAUUUUAAAAAUCAACACUGUAAUAUGUGAGUUUCUAAAGCAACAUUAAUGAUAUAACAGAUUUUGAAAGCGGUCAAAUUUGGUGCCCUUAUCAGUCACAGAAACGGCAAAAUUAUGUGUGGAGGCUGACUUGAGAAUGGCAUACACCAAACAAGGGAAAAGUAUAAAAACACCAAACCUCACACUCGAACAUUGCCACAGGACUGAAUCUACACCUCUGUGACACAGUCCCAACAAACACUAUGUUCUAUUUGAAUGUCAAAUAGGUAGGGCUGCCACUUGGAAACCAGUGUAAACAAGGGGCCCAUAUUCAACAAGAGAUGACCUGGUGUGAUGAGCAAAAAAACCUGCAGCAGUAGAAGAAAUAUGGUCUGAUGGGUUGUCUUUUAUCUGGAUGAGUUUAUGCUUAGA